AUGCAACAUACGAAAAGACAUGGUCACACUACGAUAAGUAUGGUCACGAGAUUCUUCAGUAGUUUAUCUACCCCAUAUUCUUCAUCUUAUCAAUUUCCAUCUCGUUUGAAUACAAUUGUACCAAAAGGAUUUGAAAAAUAUUUUCCUAGUGGAGGGAAACGAGGACCUCAAGAACCUGCACCACCAAACAACAAACAGCCUCCCAAUACACCCAAAGAGCCUCCUCCCGGUGAACUUCCACCGAGUGGUGGUCAACCGAAACCUCCCACUCCAGGUCCAUCUCCCGGUGGACCAGGUGCUCCUCAACCGCCACAGAGUGGACCAUUUGGACGAAAAGUGUUCGAAUUUAAAUUUUCACCUGGAGAUGGAAGUAAUCCUUUCACAAAUAAUCGUACAUGGCUUGCCAUUUUGGUUGGUAGUACAAUUGCUUUUUAUUUUGCGUAUCAAAAUGCGAUAUACAAAGAAAUAACUUGGAAAGAUUUUGUCGCCCAGUAUUUAUUAAAAGGAUAUGUUGAUAAAUUAGAAGUUGUUAAUAAAAAAUGGGUACGAGUACAACUGAUACCGGGAGCACCAGACUCAAUGCGUAAUUUAGAAAAUACUCAAACUGAACAUGGAAUUGAUGCGGGUGGUUAUGUACCUGUUUUAUAUAAAACAGAAGCUGAUGGUAAUACAUUAAUGGCAUUAGCAGGAUGGGUGUUACCAAUACUAUUUUUUGUAUGGAUAUUUCGAAGAGCAGGUGCAGCCAUGGGUUCUCAAUUUGGUGGAUUUGGAGGUGGUCGUGGAGGCAGCGGGGGAGGCAUCUUUGGAGUUGGACAAACAACAGCUCGAAUUGUCAAAGAGAAUGUUGGAGUAUCGUUUAAAGAUGUAGCCGGCUGUGAAGAAGCUAAGGUUGAAAUAAUGGAAUUUGUUAACUUUUUAAAAAAUCCACAACAAUACAUCGAUUUGGGAGCAAAAAUACCAAAGGGUGCCAUAUUGACUGGUCCACCUGGAACUGGCAAAACUUUACUGGCCAAAGCAACAGCUGGUGAAGCCAGUGUGCCAUUUAUCACCGUUAGUGGAUCUGAGUUUUUGGAAAUGUUUGUUGGUGUUGGACCGUCUCGAGUACGUGAUAUGUUUGCGAUGGCUCGUAAAAAUGCACCCUGUAUAUUAUUUAUUGAUGAAAUCGAUGCUAUUGGGCGAAAACGAGGUGGUAGAUCAAUGGGAGGACAUUCAGAACAAGAAAAUACGCUUAAUCAGUUGCUAGUAGAAUUGGAUGCCUGA